AUGCAAGGCUGCAUUUGCACCUCAGACUUCGAUGACAUGACCAAGUCCGUUGUUGAAGAAGCCAUAUCUAUCUAUCAUGCUCAGAUCGGAGCUGUUGAACCCUACCCUGAUUGUGUUGAAGAUUGCGAGGCAGUGGCAGCAGCUUGGGUCGAGGCUUGCAAUGGUCGGGGAAUCCGCAUAGAGUUUGAUCAGGACAUAAUGAAAUUGAUCAUGAAUCUGGCUGAUUGCACUGGAUUAUACUGUCACCCCAUCAUUCAAAUGAUCAUCAACAAGAUGUAUUUCAAGCACAAAACAGAUGAAGGCAUCAUGAACCCAGAGUUCUUGGAGAACGCGGAGCUCUCUUUGGUUACCCUAGCACUGGUCCUCACCAUGUACGUUCUUUUCCGUUUCAGUUUUGGUACAAAUUCUAAUAACAUCAGAAAACAUGCCAAGGCUGAUGAUGCACCUCAAGUUAUUCAAGCUGCUAGGGUUACCAAAGAUGAGGUGGAGGCAGCAAAGAAGGAAUGGGAAGGUCUGGUGUUGUCAGAAGAGGAGGAUUAA